AUGCAAAGCUCAUCAUCACUAUCUGGUGAUUCGGGCAUUAUGGAUAUCGAAAAAGAAUACAACUAUAAUGAUGCAACAUCCUUGACGCCCAACAAAACAUUCAAGAGCAAGUAUCACACCUCAUUCUUGGGGAGAACCAAGCACAAAAUAUCAAAUGCUUUUCGAAACAAAAGUCUAGGAUGUUUGAGUUUGACUCUGUUUGUAUUGGGGAUAAUUGUGUGCGGAACAAUUUUAACCUGCAAUGCCUUCAGAGGCCCAAAAAAUUCUAAGAUUGUUAUAAUUUUGGCGGUGAAUGAUGGAGGAGGUGUUGAAAGGUGGAAAACGCCCGAAGAAUGGUCUGUUGAAAGAUCCAGUAUUGCAAAUAAAAAGGCAUAUGCUGAUAAGCAUGGAUAUCAGCUUACUCUGAAGGAUACAAAAUUAAAACGCAGAUACAGUCAUGAAUGGAGGGAAGGUUGGGAAAAGGCUGAUAUUUUGAAGCAAACUAUGCGUGAGUAUCCACAUGCUGAAUGGUUUUGGUACUUGGAUCUAUACACAUUUAUUAUGGAACCCGAAUUAAAGCUUGAAGAUUAUAUUUUGAAGAAUAUUGAAAAAAAUGCCUACCGUAAUGUGGAACAUUUUAAUCCCUUGAAAAUCGAAGUUGACUCGCCUUAUGUUAACACAAAGAAUGAACCCGUUAAUUUAAUUGUUGCCCAAGACUGUGGUGGUUUCAACUUAGGGUCAUUUUUUAUCAAAAGAUCACCAUGGAGUGACUUUUUCUUAGACGCUUGGUGGGAUCCGGUACUAUACGAACAAAUGCAUAUGAUUUGGGAGCAUAAAGAACAGGAUUGUCUAGAAGUAUUGUAUGAUUACCAACCUUGGAUCAGAGAAAGGUUGGCUUUUGUCCCUCUAAAAGCAAUUAACGCAUUUCCAAAUGGAGCGUGCUGGGAACAAAGAGACGACCCAAGAUUUUUUUACAACCAAAAUGAUCGUGAUUUUUUGGUCAACAUGGCUGGCUGUAAUUACGGUGAUAGAUCAUGCUGGGGUGAAUACGAGCACUUUAAGGCUUUGAAAGAAAAAUUGCAUAGACCAUGGUAUAAGUUUUGGUAA